AUUUAAAAAGCGCCAAAAUAGAAUCAUGGAUUAAAUUGACAUUGAAACGAUUAAUCAAUAAGCUAGAAAAGCUAAAGAACUGUUUAAUGAAGGUAAACAUAAUGAAGCUGAAUUAAUGAUGUAAGGUGUUAUGCAAUAAGCAUUAAAUUAUUAUAAAGAUGAAUUAGCAGUAGAAAUGGCAGAAGUAUAUUUAAUUAUUUAAUUAGUAUUAUUUUAUGUAUGGAACUAUUAUUGUUUUAAAAGUUAGUGAACAUUAAGAAGUUUUUGGAUAAAGAACAAGAGAAGCUGAAAAUAAUGUACUUGGAGUUUAAGAUUCUGAAGAUACUUAAAGUGAUAAUGAAGGAGAAUAAAUUGAAGAUGGAAAUAUUGAAGAAGAACAUAAAGUAUAAGAAAAUAAAGUUAAUUAAAAUAUUGAAGAUUUAGAUGAUUUUCAUAUUGCAUGGGAAAAUUUAGAAGUUGCUAGAGUUAUUCUUGAAAAAGAGAUAUAAAAUUAAAAAGAUAGGGGUGUUUAAGAAUUUAAAUAUAUGAGAAAUCUUGCUAAAGUUUAUAUUAAACUAGCAGAACUUGAUUAAUAUAGAGAUAAAUUUGAUGAUGCUUAAGAAAACUUUUAGAAAUCUUUAUAAUUAAGAUUAUAAUGUGAAAAUCCAGAAAUAUCUAGAGAUAUUGCUGAAACAUAUUUUUUCUUAGGAAAUGUUACAUUAUAUAAUUAUAAAGAAGGUAAGGAAGAAGAAGCACUUACAUUUUAUUUAAAAGCUUUAUAAAUAUUAGAAAAUCAUUUAUGUAAAUUAUAGAAUUAAGAAUUUAAAUAAGUAAUUAUUAAACUUAUUAAAGAUUAUUCAUUAAGACACAUAUGAUAGAGAACAUUUAAAAUUAUCAUUUUUAGAUAAUGAUGAAAUAAAAGAAUUAAAAUAAGUAUUAUCAAUGCUUUAUGAUAAAAUUGAAGAUACUAAUAUAGCAUAGAAAGAAAUUCAAACUGAAGAAUGGAAAAAAGCAAGAGAAGAAAUGUUAAACAAAGCAUAAAUUAUAUAAUAACAAUAAGUUUAGUAAUAAUAAUUUACUUAAUAACCAAUUUAAGAGGAGAGAUAAAUAAUUCAAUUAGGAAACUUUGGUAAUGCUAGAAGAAGACUUGAAGUAGUUUAAUAAUAACCAUAAAAUUAAGUAACAUAAAUAAAUAAUACAAAUAUAUAAAAUUAAGAUUAAGUUUAAGAAGCAGAUCAAUUACCCUAAGAAGAAGCUAGUAAGAAAGUUAAAAUUGAUUGA